GACUCGAAUCGGUAAAAGCUGUUUUGAGGUGCACUGGUGACAUACACACCAUGUCUAGAAGAGGUGGUAGUCUCGAUACCUCUCAUAGUGAUAGCGAGGGAUCUCUAGAUUCUACGGCUAGAAGCAAAUGGCACCCUGAUACAGGUGAUUCGGAAGGUGGUCCAUCCCGAAUUCCUAAUAACAGAAUUCAUCUAAACUUAGCAGAAUGGGUUCAUAAUAAGGAAAGCUUUGAGAGUAGCCAGAAUUUUGAAAGUGAGAGUAGCUCCAAUAUUCUGAAAACUGAAAUAGAUUUCCUUUUGAAACAAUCCGAAGAGUACCAUAGAGAACAUACGAGGAAGGCAAUUGCAAGGGGAGAUAUUCGUCUUAAGAAGGGGGUAAACGUUGUACGCCAUUUUCCUCCUGGAUGUGGAAGAAAUGCUGCACCGGUGAGUGCCGAGGAAAUUAGGAGAAGACAACAACCCUGGAUUGAAAAGCAAAGAAAAAAAUCUCAGGAGGAGGAAAACCCGGAAGAGGAUCUUUAGGAGGACUCGGAGUAGAAUCUUCCGAUAAGAUCAGAUUAAGAUGAUGAUCCCAAGGACAUGUAAUAUUUUCGUAGGAUUUUACACUACCUUAACUCUAAGUAGAUGUUGUGUAAAAGAGAUAAUAAUUAUCUAUACAAAGAAGUAAAAAUAGUUUGGCUUUUAAAGUAUAGGACUAGAAUGUAUUAUAAAAUGGUUGUUUAAGUAACUGAAGGUAUAUGGGAAUCUUUAGUAUGAUAGAGAUAAAUUGGUAAUAUAAUUAUUGAGGAAGGUUAUAGAAGGAAGCAAUAAGGUUAUAAAUGACAUUCGGAAUGGAUAAUGUGAUUACGUUAAUGAUUGUAAUUUAAGCAUGAAGGGGAUUAUUCAGUGAUGUUAUGACACUAUGAGGUAAUAGUUGGGCACAAAUAUAACCCAAUGAAGUUAAAUUAUGGAAUAUGGGGAAUAUAAAAUUUUGAUUCAGUAAGGAUUGCGAGAAUAAAGUGAGGAGGAAGCUGGGCUGUUUUCGUAGUUAAUUAUACCGAAAGUCAAUAAGAUUAUUGGAGUAUAAGACAAAGAAGAUAAUUGGAUAGGGAUGACAAUAAAUUUGA